UAGCGCUCUUGUUUCUCUAGACAAAGUAACUUAACCUUCCUGAAUUUCCGCAUCUCGGACGGAGAUUUUUUGUGACUGACUGUCCAACGGAUCUGGCCCCUUCUCGCCCCGGCACUUCAUAGUUAAAGAAAGCAUGGUACUGAGGCCUAAAAAUAAAAAUAAAAAAUACAAUGGGGCGGAGAAAAGAGGAGAAGCAAAACCAGAAGAGAAUUCGAAAUCGUCCGCUCUGGCUUUUGUUGGCUAGUUCGUAUGUAUGUACACUACACUACUGUGUGCUCUGGUGCGCAAAUACGCAGCUAAAAAGAGAACAAGUAAUUGCUUUAGAGCAGCUAAGAAGGUUUAAAAAUUCCCCCGCCUCAGGGCCGAUAUAUAAAGUAUUGAGGAAUCACAGACCCUGGAGCUUUCGGGGGUGUGCCCUUUUUCUGGAUUUCUUUCUGCGUCGCUUAUGAUAGUCGCGGGUUUCAAUUCUCAAUUCGAAAGACUGUCUGAUUUUUUAUUUUUUUAUUUUUUAUUGCCAUUUUGUCCCCUGUGUGUGCUUAGCGGAAGGUCACUAGGCCUUGGCUGUUCUAGAAACCUUCGUUUUGCUUCGAGAACGAGGGGAAAGGAAAGAAUAGAAGCAAAAGCAGAACAAGGAGAGUGUUGGUCAAAUAUAAUAUAUAUAUAUCCUCGCCUAGAUCUGAGGGAGCAGGGAACCCCCAGCCCCAAACACACACACAUUGCCUUCCAUCGAGCAGCCCCAACUCGCUGCGUCAAACCACGAAAGCUUGACCGAUUCCUCGGGUCAUAAGGAAACGAAAGAAUUACUCCAUCAGGGUCAUAUAGGAGGAACAAGGAGCGGACAACUUUAGAAAAACACGAAACAAACAAGAAAAAAAUAAAAAUAAAAAUAAGACAUAGCGAAUAUGGCGAUGCCAAAGCCGGUGGUGCUCCACUACGAGAUUUCGCCGUAUGGAAGGCGGGUAACGUGGUAAGUAUGUCCGCGCCCGAUAGUGUCAACCAGCACCUACCAACCCCUUUUUCAUUUCACUUAUAUUCCCCUAUUCUGCAUGAGAAACCGGCCUGCUGGCGUAGCAUUUUCUCCUAUCUGGAUAGGGAGUCAUAACACAGACAUAUAUAUAUAUAUAUACCCCUCGUUUUGUGAGCGUUUUGCUGAUUUCGAUUUCUUGCGCUCUGUGUUUUGCGUUUUUGGUUUGCGUGAAGGUAUCUUGCCCUUCGUGGUAUUGAAUAUGAUCAAUGUGUAAGCACAAUUCCUUUCGAACAAAACAGAAGAAAUAGGUGGAAGAAUAGGGAAUGAUGAGGGGAAAGCCUGCGUGGUGCAAACGCUCCAGCUGGAACCCCUAGAAGAAAAAAAAAAAUAUAAAAAAAAUAAAAUGAAAUAGAAAAGUAAGACCAGGGGGGGGAUGAGAGAUAGCAGUUCUUUUGCUAAGAGACGUAUUGGAUGUCUUUCAUAUUUUCCGCUGCGAAGUUACAACCGAUCAUCAUGCCUAGACCGGACCUUCACGCGCUAGGUGUCCAAUAUCGUCGUGUUCCAGUUAUGUGCGCCGGUAAAGAUAUAUACUGCGACUCACGACUGAUCCUGCAGAAACUGGAGGAGCUGUAUCCAGAGGGUGGUCGGCUUGGUGCGACGGAUCCAGACGGACAGGCAAUCGAACGCAUGCUGGAGAACUGGACCGUUGACGGGGGUGUUUUCGCCCGCGCUUGCCAGCUGGUCCCGUCGGCCCAUAUACUGGCUGCCCAUCCCAACUUCAUCCGGGAUCGAGAGGACGCUAGCGGCCUUAGUUUUAGAAAGGAGGACCUGGAGAGGAAUCGGCCGGACGGGAUGAUUCAUAUCAAACAGGCGUUUGAGUUUCUUGAGACGACGCUACUGGCGGACGGGAGGGAGUGGCUGCGUAAGACUGAGAAGCCUUCUCUGGCUGAUAUCCAUGCGAUAUGGCCACUCGACUGGGUAGAUGAGUUGGAUGGGGCCCUUGACCGCGAUAUUUUCACGGAAGCCCGUUUUCCCAACGUUUUCGCCUGGAUGGCACGAUUCAGGAAGGCAGUAGUAGAAGCUGCAGCCGCAUUGCCCAACAAGCCGCAAAACCUAUCGGGUGAACAGGUGUUGGAAUCCGUUAUCGCUGCAGAAUUUGUGGAGCCAGAGGCAGAUGUUGAUGAAUAUGAUGCGCUGAAGUUCCAAAAGGGGCAAGAUGUUGUAGUGUGGCCAACUGAUAACUGUUCUAACUAUCAGGAUAGCGGGCAAUUAGUGGCUCUCACACCUCAGGAGGUAGUGUUGCAGCGGAAGACGGUGGAUAACAGGGAGGACGUUCGUAUCCACUUUCCACGAACCAAUUUCCGAAUUGUGUCGAAACAAGAGUAUGAGGGGAAAGAAGCAAGAAAAGUGCAAGAAACGGCACAGGCAAAUGGUCAGGGAAAGGAAAAGGUGGUCCGGUUUGGGAGCAUUCUCAAAAGGAAAAUAUGGAGGACCAGUCAGCUUGUGUCCGGGAAGGGCACAGCAUGAAGGAGAUGAGAUGCUUUAUUUUCUGACUGGGGUGACUUGACCGAUAUCGUCUGUUGUUUAAUCCUCUUUGUUUCUUUCGCUGGAGAUGCUGUUUAAGCGCAGAUUAGGAAAAUUGCAGUUGAAUAUUACUUCCUUCCACAUAAAAGCCAUCAAUCAAACACUCCAUACGAAGUUUGAAGCCCUAG